AUGCCAAAAAAAGCACUUGAUCAAUUAUAAUCACCAAUUAUCAAAAGUUCUUAUAAUUAAAAUGAUAAACUAAUGUCAUCUAGUUCAUUUAUUAUAGGGCCAUAUGAAGCUAUUGAAUAUACAACUCUAGGCAUUCCACAUCAAUAAAUGAUAGUGUUAUACUUAGUAAUAUUAAAUAUAGUCAUACAAGAUUAAGACUCUAAUCCGCACAGCGCAACUAAACUGCCAAUAAGUUAAAGCGAAUUCCAUCUAAAAAAAAAAAUUAACAAUAACAGUAGGUUUAAAUGGAAUUUCUGGAAAAUAAAUGGAUGUUCAUAAAUUAUAUAAUAUCUUUAGCAAAGUUGGUUAUGUAGAUAAAAUUAUUUUACUAAGUCAAUAUAUUUAGAAUAGUUGAAGUAAAAAAUUUUGCUAAAUUUAAGUACCUAAAAGAAGGUGAGGCAUAUUUCUAUUUUUAGAAUUGUCAAAAUUUACAAAUUUUUGAAAGUUCUAUAACAAUCACAUGAUAAGGAGAUGAUUCAAUUGAUGAGUUAGUUAGUCUAGUUACUUUAUAUGGAGAAUAUCACUAUGUGUUGGAUCCGAAGAUACUGACAGGCACUUAGUUAAAAAAUAAACCCUAGAUUUAACGCAAAUAAUAAGAUGAUUUUACUACCUCCUAUCCAAAUACUUCAUAUUCCAAAUUUGAAAAAAGUUUCCUUCAAUGCUGAAACAAUGUAAAAAUCUUUUCAGAAUAUGGUGUUGUUGAAGUAUUUUGAGAAAUAAUCCAUAGGCUGUUAAAGUCGUAUCAAUGUGUUAAUCAAAAUGGAAACAAUAAAGCAAGCUUUGAAAAUAAUGGCACUAAUGCUUAUGGAAGAAGUAGAUCACAUUUAAAUUUCAUUUACUAAAGCCAAAAUUUGA